UCGGGUUUGUUUUGGUUUCGUCGCGAUUAUCGAUUGUUGUUUUUUCUCUGAUGCACAGUCUGCAUUCGGCUGUCCACCCAUCGAAAGCGUAACAUUUCCUCGAUUGCACAAAACAUCACUUCGAUUAAGAUCUCAUAUGGAAUCGACAGAAAUCAAUGACCUUCCGGAAGAGCUGCUGCCAUGCAUAUUCGAGCACCUCCCGCUGCAGGAUCUGAAAAAUGCAUCCCUGGUGUGCAGUUCGUGGGCACAGGCUGCCUUCAGUGGGAGAUUUCUCAGUCGGAUUAUGCUGCGACUGGACUUUCGAGACGGAGUCCACAAUCAGUACCGACAGUACCUGGUGGACAGCACCCGGGCGUAUAAGAACAUCGGAUUCUACUACCGGAGUGACCAGUUGGACUUGGAAGUGCUGCUGACGGUGCUGAAAAAGUUCGAGGAAUCGAUCGUUUGCCUGAAAAUUUGUCCAAACUAUUUCAUAAUGGUUCAUGAUUUGAGACAGAUGUUGGUGCAGGUACCGAAUCUGGAGAGUUUAUACAUCGUUUCCCGAAUAUGCCCGGAACUGGGAAAUCGAGAGCCGGUCGAACCCUUCCCCGUGCUACGUAAGCUAAAGCACCUCUACCUGGAGAACGACGCUGGCCUCCAGCUGGAUGAGAUUGACUUCCGCAGUAUGACCCCGAACAUCACCAGUUUGGACAUGGACUGUGACUCGAAGCGAGCCCUCUCCGUGUACAGACACUUUAGUUCUCAGCUCCGUGAGCUGGCCGUAUUCUUUAAGCGAGAUGACUUCUUCCUGCCAUUCUGCGAGUUGCGUUUUCCACAGUUGCAAAUACUGGACUUCUACUGCGACGAUCAACAGUUUGAAGUUCCGCAAGCGGUUCAAGCCGUGUGUAAGUUCUUUAGACAAAUGCCGAGACUUAAAAGGAUAACUCUCCGAUGUAACGUCAGUGAAGAGGUGCUGGCGUCUAUCACCGAAAAUUGUGCCGAGUUGACUACUUUGUACUUGAAGGGCGACAACUUGGGAGCGAACGCAUUCCGACACUUGGGACAACUGAAGAAGCUGAAGUGCUUGAAAGUCGAAGGUUGGAUUCGAUGUAACAUCCUACAAGGCUGCGGUCCAAUACCAUCGCUUCACGAGUUAUACCUCCACUCGGUACUUAUCGACGAUACUCAAGGUUUCUUUCGCCUUCUGAAAGACAUCGCGCCCAAUCUGGAGAUAUUGGAAGCCAUUGAAUCGGACAUCGACGAUGAGUGUCUGAAGUAUAUCAGCUGUAACAUCAACUCGUUACGAUGUUUGGUGCUGGAAUUUUGCCCGAAUCUCACCGAGGACGCUUUCAGUUUCCUGGAUCGUCUAACUCGGCUCUAUGAACUGAAGCUAGGCUAUCUGGACGUACCGCAGAACCUGUUCGAGCUGAUUCCUGCCAACACAAUACGGCGCUUUUCGCUGUAUCGCUGUGAUAAACUCGACGAUACCACUCUGCCGAUGGUGGCGGAAAAGUUUCCAAAUCUGGCCCGGAUGGAAAUCGCCAGCUGCCACCGGAUAACACUCGAUGGCGUGGAGCUGUUGCGCGAGUUGAUGCCGGAUAUGGAAAUCGAGAGCUUUAUGCUUUUCUAGCUAAACGGGAAAACUACCGGGUACUAUUCGGUGUACUUCGAGCGCAUGCAGAGCAAACCGGAGCGGAACCGCGAUGAGGUGUGAGUUGAUCAAUCGAAGAGAUGCAAUUUGGGACGAAUGUACAUUUGAAAUUGUAAAUUAUAAUUAUUCUAUGAUUAGGUUUUAAUUUGUUUCAUAUAUUGUGAAAGUAGGAAUCUAAAAUAAAUUAUUUGUUUUGACAAUUUACAAUAGGAAACUAUCGGUAUGUAAGUAGCCUAAUUGAGUAUAAAUUAUUUAACUAGAAUGUUUCAUGCCUAGCCCUGUCGAAAUAAAGUAAUUUAUUAAAAUGAA